AUGAAUAAUAAUUAUUUUGAAAAUAAUAAUACAUAUAUGGAAUGGAAAUUAGACGAAAAGAUAUAUAAAACAAUAGUAGGAGCUUUAGGUUCUUGUAAUAGUUCAAAUAAUAGUGUACAAGUAGAAGUAACAAAGGUAUUAAAAGAUUUAAAUGAGAAUGUAGCCGAUGCUGCUUUAUAUUUAUUACAUAUAUUUAUGAAUAAAGAAGAAAAUAAUGAUGUAAGGCAGGUGGGUGGUUUGUUAUUAAAGAAUUAUAUAAAUUCAAAAAACAAGUUUUUAAGUAAUGAUAUAUUAAAAAUAAUAAAGAAUGAAAUAUUUAAAUUAGUAGAGGACGAAGUAAAGGAAAUAAGAAAUACAUCAGGAUCUGUUAUAACAACUAUAUUAACAAAAUAUGAAGGAAUAGAACAAUGGCCAGAAGCUUUAUAUAAUUUAUUAUUAUUAAUAGAACGUGGAAAUAAUGAUGUAGUAGAUGGAGCAUUUAGAGCAAUAUUAAUUAUUAUAGAAGAUGAAUUAAUGAAUAGAAAGAAUAGAGAUUCUCUUUUUUUUCAAUUUUGUAAAACUCAAUUAUUACAAAAAUUAUUUCAAUUUUGUUCUCCGCAAGAAAAAAAUAUAAAAAAAAAAUAUGCAGCUGAAUGUUUAAAUUUGUUUAUAACAUCUUCAUGUUUUACAACUAAUGGGGUAUUUAAUGAUAUGUUCUCUCAAUUAUGGGAAUGUUUAGGAUAUUUAGCAUCUGAAGACGAUCCUCAAAUUUUAAAAAUUGUAGUAAGUUGUAUGACAAUAAUAACAGAUACAAGAUAUUCUUCUAUAUUUAGCAACUUAGAUGCUAUAAUACAAUUUAUGGUAAAUGCAACAAAUUCAAAUGAUAGAAAAGUUCAAUUAGAAGCUUUAGAAUUUUGGCCUAUAUUUAUAAAAGAUAGAAGUUAUGUAGCGUAUGCUAGUUAUAAUAAUCCAAAAUCCGAUAUAAAUAAAUCUGAUAGUAAUUAUAUUGAUGAGAGUGUAUAUAAGAAUAUUAAUGAAUUAAGAACUGAAGCUUUAAAAAGGUUAAAAAAUUAUUUACCAUAUUUAUGUAAAAUUUUAAUAGAUAAUACUGUAUAUACCAAAUGGGAUUAUUUAACAAUGGAUGAAUCACAUUUUCAAAAUGACAAUGCGAAUGUUCCAGAUUUGAUUCAAGAUAUAUCUCCUGAAUUAUAUAAUAAUAAAAAUAAUGAUAUAGCUCAAGAGGAAAUCAAAAUGAACAAAAUGAACAACAGCAGCAACAUGAACAAUAAUAAUAAUAAUAAUAAUAAGAAUAAUAACAUUAAUAGUAAUAAUAACAAUAUUAACAACAAUAAUGUUAUUAAUAAUAAUAAUAUUGGUGAUAUAAAUAAAAAUAAUAUAAAUAGUAGUAAUAAUAAUAUACAUUCUGAUAAUCAUCAUCAUCAUCAUGAUCAUCAUAACAAUAAUAAUAAUAACCUUCUUAAUAAUAACAAUGAUAAUAAUAAUAUGCUUCUUAAUAAGAAUGAUGAUAUUAUGAUGACUGCAAAUAAUAAUAAUAAUACGGAAGAUUUUAGUGAUGAUGAUUUAGACGAAAAAAAUGAUGAAAUGUCAUCGAGAACAUGGGGAAAUGAUUGGACUGUGAGGAAAGGUGCUGCUUUAUGUUUAGAUUAUUUAUCCAAUGUAUAUAAUGAUGAAAUAUUAGAAUUCGUUCUACCACAUAUUGAAGAGAAAUUAAUGAGCGAUAAAUGGAAUAUUAGAGAAAGUGCUGUACUUACGCUUGGUGCUAUUGCUAAAGGAUGUAUGUAUAGUUUAUCUCCAUUUAUACCUAAGGUGUUAGAAUAUUUAAUAAAAUUGUUGAAUGAUGAGAAACCAUUAGCUAGAAGUAUAUCCUGUUGGUGUGUUACAAGAUUUUCUUCAUGGAUAUGUCACCCAGAUAAUUGUGAAAAGUGGUUUGAACCUGUUUUAUUAAAUUUAUUGAAAAGAAUAUUAGAUAGUAAUAAAAGAGUACAAGAAGCUGCAUGUUCUUCUUUUGCUAAUUUAGAAGAAGAUGCAUUAGAAUUAUUAAAUAAUUAUUUACAUGAGAUAGUUCAUACUAUUCAACAAGCUUUCCAAAUAUAUCAAGCAAAAAAUUAUUUCAUUUUAUUUGAUGUAGUAGGAACAUUAAUAGAUAGUGUUAAUAUAGUUAAGGAGAAUAAUGAAUUAGCACAUGAAAUUGUUUAUGCAAUAUUAAGUAAAUGGGUUAAUAUACGUAUUAGUAGUCCAUAUAUUAUAGCAUUAAUGGAAUGUAUGUCAUGUAUAACUAGUGCUUAUGGUAAAGAAUUUUUAAAAUAUGCAAAGGAUGUUAUAAGAACAUGUAUAAAAUUCUUGGUUAUAUUAUAUAUUGAUUUAGAAGAAGAAGUAAAAUAUUUUUAUUCCAAAAAAUUAUUUAAUUCAACUUCAUUUAUUAGUAAUAGAAAUAAUAUAUCAUCAACAGCAAAUGAAUUAUUAACAUAUUAUAAAAUAACAAAUGAUGAUUAUUUUAUAUGUAUGAAAGAUAUUGAUACAAUAUCUCCAUCCAAAAAAAAAGAUUUAAUAGAAUGUAGUUUUGAUUUAUUAUCAAGAAUUUUAAGUGUUAUUAAUUCAAGUAUUAUGGAUAUAUUAAAUGAAAGUGAAUAUAACUUUAUACCAUUAGUGCAUAAAUAUUGUUUGAAAUUACAAAAUAUUAAAUUUGAUGAUUUCAAUAAUAAAAUUAUGAAUAAUCAUGAAGAGCUUAGAAAUAUAAUUAAUCCAGAUGGAACAUUACAAAAUGGUUAUAUUAUGGGAGAUAAAAAUGAAUAUAGUGAGCUAGCUAAACAAUUUUUAAAUUUUGGAAUAUUGCAAUCCAAUUUUGCAUUAAUAGGUGAUAUAUCAAGAUUUUGUCCACAAUAUUUAAUAACAUAUUUAAAUGACAUUAUACCAUUUUUAAUAGCUCAUAUUACUCAUCCUUCAACACCUGUUUCAAAUAAUGCAAGUUGGGCAAUCGGUGAAAUAAGUAUACAUAUUAAUUCUGAAUAUAUGGAAAUUUAUGUAGAUGAAAUAACAAAACAACUUAUAUAUAUUUGUCAAAAUUCAAAAUAUCACGGAUGCUUAUUACAAAAUAUUUGUAUUACAUUUGGAAGAUUAACUUCUACUUAUCCAAAAAAACUCAUAUUUUAUUUUCCACAAUUUUUAAAAACAUGGCUAAAAAUUAUGGCUCAUGGAACUCAAGAAAAUGAAAAAAUUAAUUCUCUAAAAGCUGUACUGGAAACAUUAUAUAUUAAUUUAGAUUUAGCAGCUGAACAUUUGAAAGAUAUUGUUUAUAUUAUCCUAAAAUAUAAAUAUGUAUCACAAAAUGUCAACAUUUUUUUCCAUCAAUUUUUAGCAACAAUGAAAGAAAAAUAUCCCAAUCAUUGGAAGCAAAUUUAUAGCCAAACCGGAGAUUCACUUUCAUCCCCCAUUCCAAGUGACAUGCUAAGUGAUUUGGCUACCCGGUUUAAUUUAUAA